CUGACUUUCCCACCUCCCAAGCGCUCGCUCCCUUGCAUGCACAUAAAUUCCACAUACAGAGAUAUCCCUCUCGGAUUUUGCUGUCUCCGGUGUUGGUUUCCGUGGAAAAACCAGAAUCUGCUUCCUUGACCCAGUCCCUCAUGGAAGUUCAAACCCACACCGUGUCCGGCUUUGACCUUCAGUCUAAGUCGCCAUUCCCGUACUCCUUCAGCUCCAUGGGCUCACCCACUUCCGACAUUCAUGCCGACGAAUUCAAGCCCUCCGAUAUUCCCGAUUCUUCAUGUCCGAUCAUUCCGGUAACUGAUAACUCUGAGCUUGAAGCCUCGCCUGUUGUUUCUCCGACGGUAGACGAUCUUAAACCCGACCGCUUUGAAAUGCCUUUCGCUCCCAAUGGCGGGGAGGCUUCGCCGGUGCCUGACGGGAGAAUAACGGCCGCCGACGGCGAAGACGGUUCGGGACAGGGAACUGGGUCCACUCAGAUGUCGGCGGCGCCAAAGGCGCCGGCGGGCGCGUGUCCUCAGACGAGUGCCGUGGUGAAGUUGCAGAAGGUGUACAGGAGUUACCGCACCCGGCGUAGACUGGCAGAUUCGGCUGUUGUUGCUGAGGAAUUAUGGUGGCAAGCGAUAGACUAUGUUAGGCUCAAUCAAAGCACGAUUUCAUUCUUCGAUUCACCUGAAACUGCUGUAUCACGGUGGAGUCGAGUUAGAUUGAAUGCUGCCAAGGUGGGCAAGGGUUUGUCCAAAGACGCUAAGGCACAGAAGUUGGCCUUUCAGCAUUGGAUUGAAGCUAUUGAUCCACGCCAUCGGUAUGGACAUAACUUGCAUAAGUAUUAUGAGGAAUGGUGCAAAACUGAUGCUGGUCAACCAUUCUUUUAUUGGUUGGAUAUAGGAGGAGGGAAGAAUUUUGAUCACCCGGACUGUCCCCGUUCAAAGCUUCAAAAGCAAUGCAUUAAGUACCUUGGACCUCAAGAAAGAAAACACUAUGAGUACAUUGUGGAGGAGGGCAAGAUCGUCCACAGUCCAUCUGGAGAUCUCCUUCAUACGAAAAAAGAUUCUGAAAAUGCCAAGUGGAUAUUUGUAAUGAGCACCUCUAAGAAACUUUAUGCAGGCGAGAAAAAGAAAGGAUCAUUCCACCAUUCCAGUUUCCUAGCUGGAGGAGCUACAUUAGCUGCUGGUAGGCUGGUUGCUGAGCAUGGUAUUCUUAAGUCCAUCUCUCCUUAUAGUGGACAUUACCGGCCAACAGAUGACACUCUUGACAGUCUCCAAUCGUAUCUCAAGGAAAAAGGCGUCAACCUUGAUGAAGUUGAGAUACACAAAGCAAAUGAAGACUCAGAUAUGUAUGAGGAUGGAAAGCUUAUAGAAGGAGCAACAUCUGAAGCAUCAAGCACGGCUGAAACACGAGAGCACGAAAUUUCUGAGGAAACUGAAGAAGGAAAGGAAGAGAAUCGACCGCAACCAGGAGGUGGUUAUCAAAGGACUCUGUCUGGGGGCCUUCAGAGCCCAAGAGCCGAAGUGCCCGAGAAAGCUAUAUUGCAGAGAAUCAAUUCAAAGAAAGCUGCAAGAUCCUACCAAUUGGGGCACCAACUUUCUCUCAAAUGGACAACAGGAGCUGGACCCAGGAUUGGUUGUGUUGCAGAUUAUCCUACGGAGCUCAGGGUUCAGGCCUUGGAGAUGCUCAACCUUUCUCCCAAAUGUCCACCCACCCCUUCAUCUUACAGGCGCAUGGGGACGCUUCUAUCACCACCGCCUCGUCCAACGCCUCGUAGCACUAGAGACAACGAUGAUGGAACUGCUAACAGUGGAACCACUAAAGACUAAAACGACCUUGGCGUUUAUGCUGCUGCUCACAUCGUAAAUGCUUUACGUUUACCGCCUUUUGGUGGCAGGUGCUUUUGUUAUAAAUGUAGCAGAUACCUAUCCUUACAUGUCACCUCAGCUUUUAAUUAUUUUGUAGCCUUGUCUAGUUGUUGUUAUCUUCUCCAUCCACGCUUGCCUCCACUAACGGCAAUUCAACAAGGUAUUAAAUGUGAUCGAUCACCAACCAGUCAGGGGCGUGUGGGUGGAGGAAAAAUUUUGUUCGUGCUUAAUGUAUUUGGGCUAGGGCCGAGAUGAUGUAAAAUUCACUACACGUUGCCUGGUUGCACAAAUCAAAAUAGUGUUAUGGAAAAUUACAGUUGAGAAU